GUUUUGUGGGUGUAGUGUGUUGGCUGCGUGAUGCCUCGUACCUGUUGAGCGCGUGGUUAGUUUGUAGUUGCUGUUGUUAUAGUAUGUGGCCGAGAACUUAGACCCGCACGCGUUGCUAACCAUUUUUAAGAAUAUCGUAAAGACUGGCGCCGCACACGUGACUUGGCUAACAACUUUACGAGAUGGGUGGCGGGACUCAGUGAACGCCAGCGCGGGGGAGCAUCUGGUGUCCUGCCGCGCUCUGCCCCACCGCACCAUGACACGCCCUUGAUAGAAGUGGCAGCCAUAGGGCGGCGCGGAGGGCGACAAGGAAAAAAUCACAACCACUACCUCACACCUUCGCUACUGUCACUACAGAAUGUUUAACAACACGUAGUACUCCCUCAUCCAUCACUACCACAUCCAUCACCAGCACAUCACCAACACACCACCACCACCAUCUCCACCACCACCAACACAACACCACCACGGCGACCACCACCAAGAUCUUCAACGACCUGAGCUGUGAGGUCGGCGGGUCGGGCGAGGCCGUGCAGGUGCAACACUACAAUGUCCUGGCUCGAUCCAAGACUACUAACAUGGACUCCGGCAGCAGGAACCUCCCCGCCCCGGACGCAAAGGAGAAGAACAAGAGCAGAGACGCGGCUUCCACAUCCAACGCCGCCGCCGCCGCUGCUGCCGCCACUUCCACCCGAGAGAAGAUCAUCAACAAGAGCAUCCCGCACAGGUUUUCCUUUAGAAGCGGGCCGGCGGACAAAGGGAAGAAACAGAUCAAGAGGGGUUUGAGUCUGAGUCUGCGGCGGUCAGCGUUGUGGAGCACGCUGCAUGCCAAGACGAUGGAAAUUCCCGAGAGACUGCGCCGGGAGGAACGCAAGUUGGCCAAGGUCCCUCGCCUUCAGAUUUGGCUCAGCACGGACCAGUCGCCUCGGGAACCUCCAGCGGGAGAGCAGCAGGUCCUGAACAACACCAGGGAGCCGCUGCCCAAAGUUCACCUGGAUCAGCCUCGCGCCAUCUACCGCAGCGCCAGCGAGGGGACCAAGUGGAAGAUCGUUGUGGACGGCUCCUCUCCGCCGCCCCAACGUGAUGGCAUCCCCGGCGUUUCCUACGACCGCAACGAGAGGCCGAAGAGCCCCGUAGAGAAGCAGCCCACGUGGCCCAUGACGCAGCCCCACUACUUCAACACGCGCCCCAAACUGACCCACCAGGACAACAUACAGCUGCAGCUUCUCCAUCAGCAACAACAAAAGCAGCAGCAGCAACAGCAGCAGCAACCCCCUCAACAGCAACAACAACAACAGCAGCAGCCAUCACAACAGCCGCAGCAACAGCAGCCACCACAGCAACAACAGCAGCAGAGGAGUGUCGAGGGUGAGCGUCGCCGUCUGGAGCUGCCCCGUCAGGACGCCGUGGCGGAGGAGACAGACACACGUGAAACUGACCCUCUCAAGCCCGACGAGGGGCAUCGGGACCUAUCGGACGCUAUAACCAGCGCCGACCUUCCUCCCCCUGUCCCCGCCCAAGCCCCCGCACGCUCUCAACGACCCCGCCUCCUCAAGACCCCUAAUUGCCUGGGUGUCGGCAAUCUGUGGCCACGCCGGUUUUCUGCAUCUUCGAGGUCGGGUUCGGAUGAGAAGAGCGACAUAUCGGAGGUUGGUGGAGGAGGUUUGGAAGCCGCCAGGAGGAAGUGCUCGCGGUCGGACAGUUUGCACAGCGACCAUGGCGGGCCCGAGAUGGUCACACUCUCUGUCAACUCUAUGUGUUCCUUCAGCGAGAGCGGCUCCCCAGGCUCCUCUCGUCUCUCUCUCCGCUCGGAGCUCUCCCGCACCCACUCCCUCUCUCAGCCACCACCGCGCUCUCGCUCCAACACUGUAGAGAAGCGAUCAAGUUUCCGUCUGCAGAUACCAGGUCAAGAUGGGUCGCGUCCCCGACGGCCAUCACUCCUCAGCCUUCGCUCUCUGGCUCGUUCCCUCAACCCGUAUUUCAGCAUCGACUAUGACUACGACUCCUUCGACUAUGACUCCACCCAGGCCGGCGCGCUGCCCUACCACCAGCAGUACCUGCCCGAGCCGGUGCCCAAGCUGUCCUUCACGCAGAAGCUUGCCUUUCCGACCCUCGUGCAGAACUCCAUCGAUCGACCCAAGCCUCGCGACCCGUACAUGGAGGCAGAACACAACAUGAACACCUUCGCCAAGAUCAUCACCAUCGUCGUGCUCGCGCUGGUGACGGUGCUGGUGCUCGGCGUGCUGUACAAGUUACUCCAUUAGUGCCGCGUCUCUCUCUCUCUCUCUCUCUCUCUCUCUCUCUCUCUCUCUCUCUCUCUCUCUCUCUCUCUCUCUCUC